GGAAAGACAACAGUGUCUUCACAGACCGCAGUAAAAAGCAGAAGCAGAGCUCUUGAGUGCUACAAACCUGAGCAGAAGAGAAUUUGCUUCAGAGUCAGGGUUGUUCUUCUGGCCUUGCACAGAUUUUAACUUGGCGAGGAUGAAGAGUGUCGUGAUGAUCAUUCUCACGUCUGCUCUGGUUCAAGGUACGUUUGUGGGUUGGAUCAACAUUUUUAAAGCAUUUUAAUCAUCAAUAUUGUGAUUAAUAUGAGUCGCAUCAGCACCAGACGGAAUUCUCUUUUUCAAUUCUGAAUAUUAUUAUAGUGAAAGGAGAUCAAUGGCAACACUAAUGUUCUGUGCAUUCCAGUCAUAUAGUGUUGAAUUUUAGUGAUGCCAGUAAACUGAAUAUUUAAUUAAGAAUCAUUAUUAAGUCUCAAAAAAAAGAUAACUUUCAUAACAAUCAUACAUAAAUAAUUGUUUACAUUGUUAUUGUAAUAAUUGUUGUCAGGAACUGGUGUUGUUGCCAGUGUUUUCCUAUCAUUUCACAUUUUUGUCUGAAUGUGAAUGACAGUCACCUGGUGCUAAUAAUAAUGUGGAAUAACCGUUCUGUUUUGUAUUUUUGUUCUGUUCAACAGCAGGUUUAAAGGAAGGUUUAAAUGAAGUGUGAUUUAUGGAUUAAAAAAAAAGUAAAAAAUAAAAAGCAAAAAAUGUUUAAAAAGCAAGUGAAAAAACCUGUAAAUACUAAACACUAAACACAGAAAAGUUAGGCUGAAAUAUCACUUCAUAUUGCAGAAAUCAAGCCAUAUUCUCACUGAAUGAUCAGACUGAGUAUAUGUCAGCAGCAGAACAGGAAAUCAGCAGUGUGAAAUGGAAUGCAUCAUCAUGAUGGUGGUUUACCAUCGACCAUAGUUGCUGUCACAUGACCAAAGUUGAGUUCCACAAUUUUGAAUAUUAUAUAUACUUACGGAAUCCUGUAAGUACUAAACAUUGAAAGAGUAGUAAAGGCCAAAUAUCAUUAUGCUACUGCAUAAUAACUACCCGUUUUAGUUUGCUCAGGUCUGUGCCCUAGUAGUCACAAAAAAGGAGCAAUGCCCUCCUCCAACAAACCCACUCAGCUGAGAACUGACUUCCGUCAGUUGUGUGGUGGAUUCUUCACUUGUUGAUCUGAGCUCUGUGGUAAGUGGGUUUUCAAACUUCUAACAUUGUUCUGGACAAGGAAGCCAGUAGCCAGUACAGAAACCUAUUUUAAUAUUGCAGAAAUUAAUCUAUAUAUUUCUACAAUAAUGUAAGUGUUGGAACAAGAGAGAUCAAUAAAGUGCAGAGUUAAUAUGAGUGGGAUGUGACUCUCUACAUGCUUCAUCUCACACAGAGCACAUAACUUGGAAAAUGGAACAUUAAUGAACAAGUGGACGUACAAACUUGCUUGAGUCAAAGUCCUUUUGAAAGACUUUCAUGCGAGUGUCCAGUGACGAGACAAGAUAGACCUUUAUUUGUGUUUGACAAAGAAAUGAAGUGCAGUCCUUUAUCACGAGUAAAAUGCCACUGUUGAAUCCUAAAGUUUCAAACAUGUAAACAUCAAAUUUCCCAGGGUUUGCUGGGAUCUUGAAUGGCUCUAGAUGUGAGCUGAAUUCCUGAAAGCAUUUUUGACCAGGAUUGUUUUGUCUGCAGUCGUUUUCUUCCUGUUUCACCAAUACUUCAGGUACAGACUGAACAGAGGGCUGCAGUAGUGAGCAGUUGCAUUCUUCAUCCAAACCCAGUCAGGAUACAGAAGAGGAGGAAAGACAACAGUGUCUUCACAGACCGCAGUAAAAAGCAGAAGCAGAGCUCUUGAGUGCUACAAACCUGAGCAGAAGAGAAUUUGCUUCAGAGUCAGGGUUGUUCUUCUGGCCUUGCACAGAUUUUAACUUGGCGAGGAUGAAGAGUGUCGUGAUGAUCAUUCUCACGUCUGCUCUGGUUCAAGCAGGUUUAAAGGAAACAUGUACACACGGAGACUUCUGUGUCACUUUAGAUGAUGGAGUCAUAACUGCAGAGAGUGGACUCUGUGUGGAGAUUCCAUGCUCCUUCAAGACUCCUCAGAGCUUCACUCCUCAACACAUGCUUUGGUUCAGAUGUGUACGACAAGGUCAAGACAGGUGCGACUCUUCAUCAGACCUGAUCUACUCCAGUGACAGCAGCGCAGCCAUCAGGGAAGGAUUUGAAGGACAAGUGUCACUGUUGGAGUCUGAUGUGAGUCAGAGGAACUGCAGCAUCAUCAUCAACGACCUCUCACCGUCAGAUUCUGGAUGGUACCAGCUCAGACUGACCAGCAAAGACAAUGCAUACUCAUAUGGGACGAAGCAAGAGAUUUCUGUCAGAGGUCUGAGCCAAAAGCCCACCCUGGAUGUCCCUCAACUGAAAGAGGGUCAGCUGACAGCACUGACCUGCACUGCUCCUGGACUCUGCUCCGGAUCUGAGCCCACUAUUAGCUGGAAGUGGGAAGGCAAAGGGAAGAGUCCACACCUGGUUGGAGGAAACAUCACACUUCAGAAGAGUGUUUCUCUUGGUGCUGUGAGGAGACAGCACAGCUCCACUAUGAUAUUCAGCGCUUCUUCUGAGCACCACAGCAGCAGCAUCACCUGCACUGUUGUCUUCAAACACGGUGGGAGCACAGAGGAGAAACAGACUCUGGAAGUGCAGUGGUUUGCUGGGAUCUUGAAUGGCUCGAGAUGUGAGCGGGACUCAGCAGCUCUCACUUGUGUCUGUGGCAGUCAGGGCCACCCCUUACCCUCCAUCUCCUGGCCGCUGCUGACCGACCACAGUGACUCUCACAUCCAGACCAACGUAUCAGGAGAUGAAAUCUGGAGCAGCUUCAGUGUGAAAGAUGGCCACAGUGUGAAGACUGUUGUGUGUGUUGUCACUCAUGAGGACGGAGAAACAAAACAGGAACUUCUUGUUCUGAAUCAUGACAGUCUGUUCAAGUUUCUAACAGUGGAAGUCCUGGUGGCAUUUCUGGUGGGAGUGUUUUUGUCUGGGAUCAUCUUCUUUGUGCUGCAGCUCCUUUGUUGCAGAAACACAAAGAAGUCAGAGGGAGGACCCCAGGAACCGGAGCCAGCAUGGAAGGAUGUGCAUUACUCUACCAUCGACUUCUUUCACUUGAGAGGAAAAAGUCCCCACAAGGCACCUGAGACGACGGAGACAGAAUACUCUGAAAUCAAGAGGCAUGAUGUGACAACUGAAGAGUCAGAGAAAAAGAGUGAAGAAGAAGAACAAGACAAGGUUCACGUUCCAGAGAGGCAAGAGACUGACCUGGAGAUGGCCCUGUAUUCCAACAUUAGUGAGAUCAGUCUUAGCACCAAGUGAAGUUGAUGAAAUACUCAAUGUUGUAUAUUUUUCCAAUAACGGAAUCAUCAUUUCUUUGACAUGAUCAUAAAAAUGGCUUCUUUCUGGACAGUGGGAACUAACCAGAGUGGUUUUAUGAAAUGAAACGCUUUCUUUUCCCUUCAUCUUGCCAGAACCGAC